AUGUCAGUCAACCCUAGAUUCAAACUCUUUAGAGGAUCUACUUCUGGACAACAAGCUCCACAGCAACAUCACGAAACGCCACACCAACAACAACAGCCAAAAUCCCAAAACAGACACAACAAUAAUCGUCAUUUUGAAGCCACAUCGAGCAUUUUAUCUGACUAUGACGAUUUAGAGGUGAUUGACGAUGUUAAUGAAGAGUCACUGUAUGUCCUUUUCAAUCCUAUCUCAAAGCCAAAAAAUGAAUCCGAUAUUCUUUCGUUAACCAAUACGUCAAAGGGAGACUCAAAAGCAGAUACAGACCAGGAGUAUGAUCAUGAGGAUAUACAGGAGUUGAAGGAAGAAGAUGGUGAAGAUGGCGACGAUGAUGGGGAUGCAAAAACUGAUACCGAAAGACUAUCAAACAAAAUCAACAGUUGGUACAACUCAAACAUUGUCACCUCAAGUCAAGAAAUUGAUGAAAAUGUUGCUAGUUGGAACUUGGAUGAAGAUGAGGAAUUAUCUAGUUCCAAUCUACUGAAACAGCAACAACCACAAGAACAGCAACUGUUGGAAGAAAGCAAAAGAUUACUCACUGAAUUCUAUGGCGAUGACCUUUUCAGAUACCUUGAUCAAGAAGAUGUAGCUAAAGUAAAGCGGUUCCAUAAUAUGAUGGAUGUUAAACGAUUUCUUUUGGAAAAAGAUGUUGUGCCUAAUGAUUCAGUAUUGAAGCAAUUGAUUUACAAGAUUCUUUAUGCUAAAGAUGAAUCAUCCAGCUUUGAUACAUCUCACCACACUUUCAACCUAGGAAAUACAAACUAUAUCAAUUAUUUGAUGGCAGAUGUUCAUCAAAAGCAACAAAAACAACAGUCACCAUUUGGUGGUAGUUUUUUGGGUACACCAUCGACUUUUUCUGACACCAAUACGGGCGGUGGAUCAUCUUUGAUUAUGUGUGGCGGAGUGGGGUUUGGCGACAAGACGUCAUGGAAUGAUAUAUGA